GAGUCGGUUCGCUCAGCUGACUCGAUCUUCCUGUCAUAUGAAUCCCUCAGGAACUCGACGGAACCGGAAGGCGCGAUGACGUAUUGGGCUCUCUCUCUCUGUGCUCCGGGCGCAGGACAACAAACAGCGACGGGAAACAAACAAACUCUAAACUUUAUUAAACUUCUUACCGGACCUUCCAGCGCGCGCGGCGGGGCCACCGCGGCAUGAGGAGCCGGUUCUGAGCUGAAGCGGCGGCGGCGGCGCGGCGGUGAGGACGGGCUGAUGGAUUCGCGGUAUGAGAUCCAGCGGAGGGCCGGCGGAGGCGCUGCUGGGUUCGGCGGGGGCUCCGCCACCGGCUCCCCGGCUCUCGGAGCCUCGGCUCGCCGCAGGAAAACACCGCCCAGACCGGCGGACUAUAAACUCCAGAUCAUUAUUAUCGGCUCGCGCGGGGUGGGGAAGACCAGCCUGAUGGAGAGAUUCACGGACGACACGUUCUGCGAGGCGUGCAAGUCUACCGUGGGUGUGGAUUUUAAAAUAAAGACAGUGGAGCUGAGAGGGAAGAAGAUCAGGCUUCAGAUCUGGGACACAGCUGGCCAAGAGAGGUUUAACAGCAUCACUUCAGCCUAUUACAGAGGAGCUAAGGGCAUCAUAAUAGUCUAUGACAUCACCAAGCAGGAGACGUUUGAAGACCUGCCCAAAUGGAUGAAAAUGAUCGACAAGUAUGCGUCAGAGGAGGCUGAGCUCCUAUUGGUCGGGAACAAGCUUGACUGUGAAUCUGACCGCAUCGUCACGCGACAGCAGGCAGAAAGGUUUGCCUCACGGAUAUCAGGGAUGCGUUUCUGCGAGGCCAGUGCCAAGGAUAACUUCAAUGUGGAUGAGAUCUUUCUUAAACUAGUGGAUGAUAUCUUGAGUAAGAUGCCUCUAGAAGUGCCCAGCAGGGAGCUCUCCAACAGCGUCCUAUCUCUCCAACCGGAACCGGAGGUGCCCCCGGAGCUUCCCCCUCCUCGUAUGCGCUGCUGUUGAUACCCCUGCAUUUUUUUUUCUUCCUUAUACCCAACACUCUUCCCACCACUGCUCCAUCUCCUGUUAUCUGCCCUGGACCUGCACCUGCAGUUACAGCUUCUGACCACCAGAGGAAGAAAUGCACCUCCUACCAACAUCCAGGGGGAGCAGAGACCAUAGAGCGCAUUCUCCUCUCCUUAUGUAGGGCAGAAUAAGAAAAGACUGACUCUGCAAACCUAAACUAAAAGCCUCUGUUCUGUAAGAAUCCAUCGCCUGUAAGAAUCUUCCACUGGCAUGUCCUCCUCCUCCUCCUCCUCUGUAGAAUAUAACAGUUUCCGUUGCACACCCCUAUAGACUCUCAUAAGCACAUAAAUAACACAGAUUGAUCAGGAUAUUCUGCUUCAGCUGUGUGCAUUUAUAUAUGGACGACCUCCUCACCACAUACACACACAUACACAUACCCCUUUACUAUAAUACCCCUCCGACCCACCCACUCUACCUCUAUAAUUCAGGAGGCCCAAGGUUGGGGUGUCUUACAGGUGCCUUCUAGGUAAACAUCCACUCCCUCUGUUUUGAUGCUACGCACUGUUCUGGAGAAGAAGAAGUGGGGUAGGUAGGAGAUGACGGAGUCUUUCUAAUCUCACAAGAAGUUCAAGCUUAGUUUUAGUUAAGGUUUCAUUCUCUUUUCUGUACAGCUAUUUCAACAGACAUCAUUACAACACUGUGCAUAUAAAAAACAUUUAAUGGUGCCCUUUUGUAAUGUCCUGACACUAGUAGUGAAAGGUUUUGUUUAGGCUUUAGAAACAUUAAAGCUGCAAGUUAGUUGCAUUAAGUUGCUACAUCUUAUGAUUAUGAUCCAAAUGGUCUGUUUUGAAUCCAAUGAUUCAUGUUUGUUGAAUCAUUAUGAUCCCUUGAUUAGACCCCUCCAUUCAUCCCAGCAACCUCAGAAACUCCUCUAAUACAUUUGAGGUUGGUUUUGGGUGAUCAAAUUAGGCUAAUAUUGCCAGGUUGCAACUAAGAAUCAAUAUUGUUUGCAGGUCUAAUGUGUAUCAGUACUGAACUAAUGUGUUUAAAAAAAAAUGUUUGGCAAAAAAUCAGUAUUGCACAAUUUUUCCACUUGGACCCCGAAUCAACCAUCAAUCAAAAUACAAACAUUUGAAGCCCAAAUUUAAUUUUGUUAAUUUAGCAAUAGAGCUAUGAGGCUAAUGUUGCUAGCAAACAAUAUCAAAACAUGCAUUUUUUUGCUGGCCAACUUGUCUUGCAGUUGCUGUUUUAAUUGUGUGGUCUGAUUGUAGGAGUCCUGAAGAUAUAAUUUGUGUUGAAAUGUUUGAUUGAUUAGAGAUCAAAAAUCAAACAAAGAAUCCUAACUAUGAUUCUUUUAUUACCCAGUAAUGAAAUCCUUGAAUCAAUUUGUGGGCAAUUUAAAAAGACAACAUAAAAUGUGGCAUUGUGGGGACAGUGGAUGUAAAUGUAUUGAGACAGCAGCAGAUUUUAACUUCAGCAGCUGUUCAUAAGCUGUUUAUUUACAUGUGAGCUAUCGAUACCUAUUAGGAGGCAGUGGUUGGGAGGAUUAACUACACAACCUCCACAUAUAUUAUACAGCCUGUCAGUAUUAUUGUUAGUAUUGUUGUAAAUUGAUUUCCCCUUCUUACUCUUUAUCUCUCUCUCUCUGUUAUUAAGGGGCAGGACAGCCUUGCACUACAACCAACACCUGUAGCUAGCUGAGGACUAAGCCCGAAAAGCUGAACAUGACUAGGCAGACUGUGUACAGAAGAGUUCAGAGCAGUAUUAAUGUUACUGUUGCUGCAGUAUAAUCCACUACUACUGCUAAUUUUGAUUUUAGAGUUACAGUUUUGAUUCCUGGCCCAACAGAAGAAAAAUGUAUGUAAAUGUUUCAGCUAAGGACGAAGCACAACAUAUAUAUAUAUAUAUUUGACAAAACAAACAAAAUGCUGAAUACAGAAUGCUAUUUUCACGUUUUCAUUUGUUUUGCCCAUAUUUUUUUUCACCGUUACAUGAAUCAAACACUAUAGGCCUGUCACAGUAGCAAGUGUAUUUGAACAAUAUAUUGUUUCAGAAAUAAUGGCGAUAAAAUACAAGUGGAAUAACAACCAGAUCCAACAAUUGUUUUAUAAUAAUGCAUUUAAAAUAUACUUAAAUAAGCAAUUAUUUAAUAUGAAUAUUCAGUCAUUUAAGGUUGGUAUAUAUUUAAAUAAUAAUAAAGAAAUAAAAAUGUUAAUAAAAUGACUAGGUUUCUUUUAAACCUAGUUGACCGGUUCAUUCAUAUGAUCAUUCAGUGAUCUAUUUUCCACAAGUAAACUCAAUAAAAAAUAUAUAAAUAAAUAUAUAUCUCAUUAACAUUAAUAUUGUGACAGGCCUGAAAAAGACUAAAUGUAUUUAAAAAUAAAAUAUAAAAUGUCAGUUUAGUUCCUUUAAUUAAGUCUUUGAAAUUGUUAUUGUUUGGUUUAAAUUAUUCUUUUUUUUGUACUUAUUUACUUACUUUCAGCUUUUGUUGGAGCCAGCUAAACAUGGACCUACAAGAUUUAAGUAAAUAGUAAUGAAUGUUAACAUAGUUUAUGUAGUUUACGGACAACAAACUGUUUUCAAAAUGUCUCUAUAGAUAAAAUAUAAAAAAAUUUCACUUAUUCAUUUGAACACUGAAAGUAUUGCCAUUUUCUGACAAAUAAUUUGAGUUACCAAAUGUUUUUGUUAGAGCCAGUUAAACAUGGACCUAUUUUAUGUAACUAAAUAGUUCUGCUAGUUUAGGUCCUGUAAACUCAUACUCUAUAUACAGGUCAGUGGAAUGAUUAAGUAUAAAUAUUGCAUUUCUGAACAUCUUAAAAUACUAAAUUUUGUUGUCUUUUAUAGAACAGAUAGUGCCACGGGAGACCAACAGAUGUUUGCCCAGCUGUUUGUGUGUCAUGCGCUUAAUUAACACAUGCAAUAAUUUUUGACACAUUUCUUAAAAAUUAGAACUAGAAGCCCAUUGACUCAAAACACCUACAGUUUAAGCCAAUGAGACGGGGUUUCAGAAAUGCAAGUGCUCAAUGAUCUUAGUUUGAGUGUUCCGUUAAUGAUGGUUCACAAAUAUUUAGUCUUCAUACUUUCACUUGUUUGCAUCUGGCCAAAAUUCCAGUUGUGCCUAUUGUAUUGGUAAUUACCAUAAUGUGCAGUAUUAUAUAAAGGGAGGAAGAGCAGUAAUAACGAUGACUUGUUUUGUUAGUGUCUUUGUUUGCAUUGUAUAGAGAGUAAACUGAUGUAUGUCGGCUAACCGAGGGCCUGAUUUGUCACGUCAUGGGUUUUCUUAAAAAAGGAAAGUACUACUUAAGUUUAAGUGAAGUUUAAGUCAAAACUAGUAUUGUUCUAUAAGGUGGGUUUAAAUGAAUUAAAUGUAAAGGUAAAUUGUGAUCUGAUUCCAUGGGCAAUUCAAGCUAGACACCACCGGCCAUUAAAUCAUUAAAAUUCACUGCUCUGUCCCAUCCAUCUGCACUUACUGUAAUCAGGAUCAGCAUUUUAGCAUUUAUAGUGGUAAAGUACAUUAUUGCAUUAAUUGAAUAGUCUUUGAUGUAACUCUUUAGACUCUUCAGUUCAUAUUAAAUACCCCUGGUGUGAAUACGUAUGUUUCCCUGUUCAGCAGCUUGGUGUGUUUUGUUUCUCAUCAUAAAUCCUGUAGUGAACACCUACCCAUUACACAGUGGUACAUGGUUGGUUGGUUUUCACACAGCUCCAUGCAUUUCUGCUGUAGAUUUUUGUUGUAAGGCUUUAGGGUUUGGUCUUUGUUUUUAAGAUCAGUUUAUAAGAUCAGAGAUUUCUAACCUCGGCUCAGUAUAUGAUAUUAUACCUGAGCUUCAAACUGACAGUAUUUCUCAGAUUUUCAGUUUUAGGAACGUAUACUAACCCUCUUAAUAUUGUUUGUUUGCCAGCUUGUGCCAUGUUGUUUGGAGAAUUUGUUGGAUAAGUUGAUAAAGGGCCUUUCUUUACCACAAAGUGCUUUUUACUUUACUUAUACUGUGCAGAUAUUUUAGCUUUUCUGUUUCUCUUUCUUUGUACUCGAAAUCCUUGAGUCAGAUUUACUAAGCUAUUUAUAGUGUUUCUUUUCUGGCUCUGUUUUCAGAUCCUUUGCCUGUUUUGUAACGGAAACAAAAAGUUUAUUGAUUUGGAAAAACUCCUGUUUUGUAUUUUUAUUUCUCAUCAUUUUUAGUCCUUUUUAUUUUGAUGAUAAAAGAAGAAAGUUUCAGUUUUGCAGUUUUAAUGCUAAAAUAUUUUAAGCUUAGUAAAUCUGUACAGUGGUUGCCUCUGUUAUAUUACCUUUACGUUGCACAUUAUAAUAAUAAUAAAAAAAAAAGUUCAGCCCUUUUUGUGGGUUUCUAACGUGAAGUAGCAAUAACUGUUGCCUUUCCAAAUGCCCAUUUUGUAUAGAGUCACAUUAUAUUACACCUUCAUUACCUACAUGACUAUGUACAAUUUAUGAUACAGAAGUUAAAGGAACAAUUAAAGGCAACAAAAGCGCCCUCGUUGAGACGUGAAGGAGAAGAAUAGUCAUUUGUAUGAGGGAUUUGAUGAUUUUAGGUUUUUGAAACAGUUUGGCAUGUUUAAACAGUUUUGUGGUAUUUAUAACUUGUGGCAUUCUUGAACUAAUGAAGUGCAAAUAAAGAUUAUAUUUAUUACCUA